AUGACUACCACUGGUUUUGCUGUUGUUGAGUUUGUCGAUGAAAAGUCAGUUGAGAUAAUUUGUGAAAAAUGGAUAGAGACAUGUGAUGGGGUAAGUAUUGCAAUUUUCAAUAAUUAUAUGUAGCGGUAUGUAUGGGUGAUCAUAAAGGAAACCAUAUUACGUCGAGGAUGUCAUAUAUUUUGCAAAAGAUUGUUAAACAACAGAACCAGCUAUAUGGUAAGUAUUUUAUAAUGCAAGGUGUCUAUUUUUUAUCUUAGGUUAUGUACAGCUACUGGCCACAGUUAAAUGCAAAAGGAAAAGCUAAAAAAACUGAGAUCCCCGACAAAGAAUUAUGGAAGAAGUAUAAAAUAAGGGUGUUGUCAUACACAGGUAUUAAUGUAUUUUAGUAUAAUGUAUUUUAGUAUAAAACCAUGUUCUGUUUGCCCAUUCAUGCAGUUCACCUAUAAAUCUGGUGCAAUAUUUAUUGCUACAAGCAUUAAUUAUUGUGUUGCAAAAUAACAGUAUGUGUACCUCUCUAAUAUCUGUAUUGUCCAUAUUAGAGAGGUACAACUGUAUUUGAAUUUCAGUCGUUGUACCAUUUUCUAAUGCUUUUAGAUAAUUUCAAGACAGCUCAAAAGCGGUUAAAAAAAGCUGAAGAAACAUCAAAUGUUGAUUCAGAGUCUGAUUCAGAUGGUUGUGAAAGAAGAAAGAGGUCAAAACCUAACACCCCAAGAAAGAGAAGUCGACCAGGAAGUUACCAUUAUGCUGAACUGUCGUAA